AUGGGCACUUGUUGUUGGCCUGAAAAACUAUCAUCAAGCAAGGAAAGGGUGAUAAAAGAACUUGUAAUUCAGGGCCAUGAAUUUGCAUCCCACCUUCAAUUUCUCCUUCAGAAACCUUCUGGAGAUUUUGAUGGGUGCCUUGCUUUAGUUGAUGAGCUUGUAGGGAAGAUCUUGAGAUCUUUCGAUGAGACUCUUUCUGUCAUUACUUCUAGUGAAUCUGCAGGUGGUGAGGUUUGCCAAAAUCUAGCAAGUUCACAAGGGGAUUCUGCCUGUUAUGAUGACCGGAGGUCUGAAGAUUCCGGCGAGAGCAAGAAGAGGCUGGCUAUCAAGAAUAAGAGGGGUUGCUACAAGAGAAAAAAGAUUUCCCAAUCAUGGACUACAGUCUGUCCUACAAUAGAAGAUGGUCAUGGAUGGAGAAAAUAUGGGCAGAAGGAGAUCUUGAAUGCUAAAUACCCAAGGAGCUACUUUAGGUGUACAAGGAAGCAUGACCAAGGUUGUAAAGCAACAAAACAAGUCCAGAGAAUGGAAGAGAACCCAGAUAUGUACCAUACCACAUACAUUGGCCACCAUACAUGCAGAGACAUCCUUAAGGCUCCACAAAUGAUCACUGAUUCUGAUCCUUGGGAAUCUUACAAUUAUAAUAACAUUGUCACUUCCCAUUCAAAGAUUCCUAAGUACGAAAAAGAAGAAGAAGAACACCAUCCCUUUAUUGGGUCUUCCAGUAAAGAACCCAAAAUAAAGCAAGAAGAAUCUAAGGAAGAUGCACCAAGUGACCUAACAGGUGAUGUUUCAUCUUUAGAUUCAAUCGUGUGGAAGGAUCUAAUACCAUUUGAAGAAUCAGUGGAUGAGCCUACCAUGAUAUUGAGGCCUGAUUGUGGGGUAGUAGUGGAUUCUGUACAUGCGUACUCAUGUACGGAGGUCACUUCUCAAAGUUUGGACAUGGAUUUUUUCGUCAGGUCUAUUGAUUUUGACUGUGAUUUUCAUUUUGAUGAGAGUGAGCUUUGUAGGCUACAAUAG